CGAUCGUAAUACUGACAGGAGGGACGACCUGCAUCUGCGCAGAAGGCUGUGGGGGGGGGUGGGGGGGAGGAACAUGGCGCAAGCUCUGUCUGAGGAGGAGUUUCAGCGGAUGCAGGCUCAGCUCCUGGAACUCCGGACAAAUAAUUACCAGCUUUCAGAUGAAUUACGCAAGAAUGGCGUUGAGCUCACCAGUCUUCGACAGAAGGUCGCAUACCUGGAUAAGGAGUUCAACAAAGCUCAGAAGGCACUGAGCAAGAGCAAGAAAGCUCAGGAAGUCGAAGGGCUACUGAGUGAAAAUGAAAUGCUGCAGGCAAAGCUGCACAGCCAGGAGGAGGACUUUCGUUUGCAGAACAGCACGCUUAUGGCGGAGUUCAGCAAGCUCUGCAGCCAGAUGGAGCAGCUGGAACGGGAGAACCAGCAACUGAAGGAUGGGGCUGCCAGGGCAGGCACUGCCCAGGCUGUGGGUCUUGUGGAUGGCGAGCUGCUGAGACUGCAGGCGGAGAACACGGCCUUGCAGAAAAAUGUGGCAGCCCUGCAGGAACGCUAUGGGAAAGAGGCUGGGAGAGCCCAAGCUGCCAGUGAGGGCCAAGGGGACCCCCCAGGGGGCCCCGCCCCCACUGUCCCAGUCCCCAUGCCACUGGCAGAAGUGGAGUUGAAAUGGGAAAUGGAGAAGGAAGAAAAGAGAUUGCUCUGGGAGCAACUGCAAGGCUUGGAGAGCUCGAAGCAGGCAGAAACAUCCAGGCUGCAGGAGGAACUUGCUAAGCUCUCUGAGAAACUGAAAAAGAAACAAGAAAGUUUCUGCCGUCUGCAGACAGAAAAGGAGACACUAUUCAACGACAGCCGGAAUAAAAUUGAGGAGUUACAGCAGAGGAAGGAAGCAGAUCUCAAAGCCCAGUUGGCUCGCACCCAGAAGCUGCAGCAGGAACUCGAGGCUGCCAAUCAGAGCUUGGCAGAACUGAGAGAUCAGCGGCAGGGGGAGCGCCUGGAGCAUGCAGCAGCUCUGCGAGCCCUACAGGAUCAGGUGUCCAUCCAGAGUGCAGAUGCACAGGAACAAGUGGAAGGACUUUUGGCUGAGAACAGCGCCUUGAGGACCAGCCUAGCUGCCCUGGAGCAGAUCCAAACAGCAAAGACCCAAGAACUCAAUACACUCCGGGAUGAGAAUGCCGGUCUGGCAGCUGAUUUGCAGCAGCGGCAGACUGAGUACGAGGACCUCAUGGGACAGAAGGAUGACCUCAACUCCCAACUGCAGGAGUCACUGCGGGCCAAUAGUCGGCUCCUGGAGCAACUUCAAGAAAUCGGGCAGGAGAAGGAGCAAUUGACCCAUGAGCUGCAGGAGGCUCGGAAGAGUGCCGAAAAGCGGAAGGCCAUGCUGGACGAGCUGGCGAUGGAGACACUGCAGGAGAAGUCCCAGCAUAAGGAAGAGCUGGGCGCGGUCCGACUGAGGCAUGAGAAGGAGGUGCUGGGGGUGCGUGCGCGCUACGAGCGGGAGCUCCGAGAGCUGCAUGAAGACAAGAAGCGGCAGGAGGAGGAGCUCCGUGGGCAGAUCCGUGAGGAGAAGGCCCGAACUCGAGAACUGGAGAAUCUCCAGCAGACCGUGGAAGAACUUCAAGCUCAGGUACAUUCUAUGGAUGGAGCCAAGGGCUGGUUUGAACGACGCUUGAAGGAGGCCGAGGAAUCCCUGCAGCAGCAGCAGCAGGAGCAAGAGGAAACCCUCAAGCAGUGCCGGGAGCAGCAUGCUGGCGAGCUGAAGAGCAAGGAGGAGGAGCUGCAGGGGGUGCGGGAUCAGCUCCAGCAGGCCCAGGAGGAGAGGGACUGCCACCUGAAGACCAUCAGCAACCUGAAACAGGAGGUGAAGGACACGGUGGACGGGCAGCGGAUCCUGGAGAAGAAGGGCAGUGCUGCGCUCAAGGACCUCAAGCGGCAGCUGCACCUGGAGCGGAAAAGGGCUGAUAAGCUGCAGGAGCGGCUGCAGGACAUCCUUACCAACAGCAAGAGCCGCUCUGGCCUCGAGGAGCUGGUUCUCUCAGAGAUGAACUCGCCAAGCCGUACCCAGACUGGGGACAGCAGUAGCGUCUCCUCCUUUAGCUACCGGGAGAUUUUGCGGGAGAAGGAAAGCUCAACUGUUCCAGCCAGGUCCUUAUCCAGCAGCCCUCAGGCCCAGCCUCCACGGCCAGCCGAGUUGUCCGAUGAGGAAGUGGCUGAGCUCUUUCAGCGCCUGGCAGAGACGCAGCAGGAGAAAUGGAUGCUGGAGGAGAAGGUGAAGCACCUGGAGGUGAGCAGUGCCUCCAUGGCGGAGGACCUUUGUCGGAAGAGCGCCAUCAUUGAGACCUAUGUCAUGGAUAGCCGGAUCGAUGUGUCUGUGGCGGCAGGCCACACGGACCGCAGUGGGCUGGGCAGCGUCCUGAGAGACCUCGUGAAGCCAGGUGACGAGAACCUUCGGGAAAUGAACAAGAAGCUCCAGAACAUGCUGGAGGAGCAGCUCACCAAGAACAUGCACUUGCACAAGGCGAGUGUGGCCUCCCCAUCUGUUUGCGUAGCUGCCUGCCUCCCAUGCCACACAGCUGGCCCCCGUCCCAUCCCCCUGUCCACCCCCCACUCCCACCCGGUCAUCUGCAGGUGCCCAGACCCCACCCCCCCCCACCCCAUUCACUGACCAUCCUCACCUCCCCACCCUCUAGUCAGUCGGCUUACCUACUCUUCCUUGCGCCUUUUACUCUCCCCUCUGUCCUUGCACCCACCUGCUCAUCUGUUCCUACACACUUCAUCCAGCUCGCCCCUCAACCCGCCCUACUUGCCCAUCUACUCACCUGCCCCGUGUCUUUCCUCCCAUUUCCUGACAUACUUCCUCUCUCUCACAUUUACUCAUCAGUCACCCCUUGUCUUAUCUUUUACCCACCUGCCUAGUGACCCGCCCGCCUACCUGUUGUCCUCCAUCCAUCCUCUGAACCGUCCCUUAGCCCACCCGUUUGCCUACCAUGGAUCACCCCAUACAUCUUCUUGCCCAUCCUGCCCCCCCAAAUAUUUCCCCCAUUUCUGAGGGAGUCAGAAAGGAUGCAGACCCAGCCCCUGCUCUGAGAAGGGAGCUCACCGUUUAGUAGAAAAGCCAGUGGCAAGGGAAAGGUGGUUUCCUCCGGCUGUACCACACCAGUGGGCGAUCUGUGAUUUGCUCCCAUAUCCGUAUCCCUGGGUCCCCCUCCCCGGGGAGGCUCCCUACCCCCGCCCCCGCCCACCACCACCCCUGACACACACAUCUUUUCCAAGCCCAGCCCACUGCUGGGGCUCUGAGUCUCUCCAAAUACCUUCCCGUGCCAGGCUAGACAUAGAAGGGCUUUGAUUAAUGAGGUGGGAAGGAGGACAUCCCAGGUUUGCUGAGGGAGCUUCCCCGGCUCUUUACCCUGGCCCCUGAUGGCUCUUUUGUUUCUUAGGACAUUGAAGUUCUCUCCCAGGAGAUUGUGCGGCUCAGCAAGGAGUGUGUGGGGUCCCCUGACCCAGACCUAGAACCAGGAGAAGCCAGCUAAAGACCUGCAGGCUACAGCUGCUCCCUCCCCUCCCCCCUCCCAGGACAACUUGCCCUUGGGCUCUGGUGGGAAAAUGGGGCCAAAAUCAAAUAGGUUGGGAGACUGCACAUUAAAGGGGCUGGAGGCCUGA